CCCGCCUCCUCCCUGGCGUGGGGACGAGAGCAGUGUGGUGCACCACUGCCUGGGCGGCUACCUGCGCCGGGCCACGCUGUGCGACUGCUGCGGCCACGUGAGCAUGUCGCACGAGGGGGUGCUGGGGCUGGAGGUGCACCUGGGGCCGCGGGUGGGCAGCGUGGAGGAGGGGCUGCGGGGCUACUUUGAGGACGAGGUGCUGGACGAGAGCAACCAGUACAGGUGUGAGCGCUGCCGCCAGCUGGUGUGCGCCACUCGGCGGGUGCGGCUGGAGGUGGCGCCCAACGUGCUGGCGAUCACACUCAAGCGGUUCACCACCAGGGGCAUCAGGGCGGCCAAGGACACGCGGAAGAUCUCCCUACGGCUCCAGCUGGACCUGGCGCCCUACCUGGCGCCCGGCUCGCUGGACCCGGGGCCCGCCGCUUACCGGCUGUACGCGGUGGUGCAGCACCUGGGGCUGCUGCCGCCGGGCGCGCUUCCCCCCUCCGCGGGUCUGCCCAGCAGCCCCCCCGGCGGCAGCGGCGGCGGCUCCGGCAGCCUCAACAUGGGGCACUACGUGGCGGUGGUGCGGGGCGGGGACGGCAGCUGGUACUACUGCGACGAUGACGAGGUCACGCAGAUCAGCGAGUCGGAGGUGGCGGGCAUCACGGAUGCGUACAUGCUCUUCUACGAGCGAAUUGAACCACGGGUCACCCGACCGCAGCCUCCUUCGCAGACCACCGCACAGCAGCCUGAAGAGGAGGAGGAGGAGGAGGCGGUGGCUGCAGAGGCUAACGGCGCCCUCAGCGGGACCGAGGAGGACAAGGAGGAGGUUGUCAAGGGGAGCAAGACCGACAGGGCGAACGGCGGCGCCCGGCCGCCCACGCCGCCUACCCCGCCUGGCUGCGACUCCCCGGCACCCGCAGCGGCGGUAGCGGCUGCGUCGGCGCACCUGCAGGCGGCCGCUGUACGACAACAGCCUCUUCAUCUCCCGAACCCCGAGGCCCCAGGCUGGUCCAGAUGGCUGGAGCCGGAUAGCGCACCCCCGGCUCCACCACCGCCCCAGCCCGCAUCCAAGCAGCAGCAGCAGCCCCAUGCGACCGCAGCUGCGGCGGGAGGAGGAGGAGGAUCUGGCAAGGCAGCCGGUAAGGCGGGCGGCAAGUUUGCUAAGACCAAGGGCGCCAGCACCACCACGCACCCGCCUCCUGCCGCCGCCGCCUCCCCCACGGCAGCAGAGGAGGUGGAGCGGGUGGCGGUACGGCCGCACUUUGAGCUGCUGCCGCCGUCGUUGGCAGCGAAGGCUGCUGCUGCUUCCGCCGCCGCCUCCGGCACCGCCUCGGCCGCCAGCAGCGGCGAAUGGACCCUGCGAGUACGACUGCCGGGGGUUCGGUCGGCGCGGGAUAUCAAGAUGGCGGCAACCUCUGCUCCUGCAGCUGCGGCCCUUUAUGCGGACGCCGAGCGAGGGGAGCAGCCGCAGCAGGAGGGGGCAGUUGGGGGGCUUAUGCGAGCUGCGGGUCGUGUGCGCGUGUGGGUGACGGGUAGCUACAGCCUGGACCUUAGACUAGGGCUGCGGGAGAGGAGGGGUGACCUGG